GCAGCAGAAGCAGCACCAGCAUGGGGCUGGAAGAUUUUAGUUUUCCACCUCUUUGAUUGACAGCUCCUGUAGCAUGAAGUGCUGGUGAGUGCACAUGACUGGGUCUUGUUAAUCUGCUAUAGCACUGCUCAUGUCAGAUCCAGCUCUUAAAAUCCUUGUGAAAUACCUCCUCAUGCUGAUCAGGGUUCUCAACUAGGACAGGCACAGAGAGCGAUUUAUCCUUUUACAACACUGCUGGAGAUUUCCAGUGUAUUGCACAGACGCAACAAAAGGCACUAGCCUGGCUUCUGGUCUGCAGCUGUUUCUGUAAUUAAGAGAUUGAGAAUUUAGGUACCUAAUCUAAUAUGUAGGGAAUGUGUUCUUUUUAAAAUACUUUUGUCGGGUGACUAGGGAGAGGAGGAAUGAAGUCUGAUUUCCGAGCAACUGAAGUGAGAAAUUGAAGAAUCUUAAUAGAGACUGUACCCUGGUGAAGAUUUAUUGCAAGACAACAGUGGAGUGGAAUUCAAUCUGUUUUGCUGUUUCACUUGCCAGUGACUAUUAUUUAUAAUAUAUAAAUAUAUAUGUGCAUAUGCUUGCGGACUGUCUUUUGAAAUUGGAAGAUAUUAAAGCUGUUUUUUUAAAGCUUCCUUCUUUAGUGGAAUACAGGGCUGAAUCAACGGAUCUGAAUUGGUAGAAACAGGCUGAUUUCAAAGGUUUCCUGAGAAUGGUAAAUGAUCGAUGGAAAAUCAUGAACACUGUUUCAGAGCUUGAAGAUGGACAACAACACAAACCUCAGACAUUCUGCGAGUGUGUCCCCAGCUCAGCUCAGAUCCAACGCCAUUGGUCAGAAUUUGAUACAGAGAGGCAAAACUCAAAGAGGAUGAGCUGUGGCUACCUUCUCUGCACCAUUCUCCUCUUCGUGGCCGUGCUGCUUGCCAUAACGGUGACGGGCACCAUCUUGUUUAUGAACCACUACCAUGCCGCCGUGACGGAAGGCCCGCCACUCAUCAGCACCAACAAGGACGAGAACACCGCCUUGGUGACGGUGGAGAAGGUCGACGGCUCCCGGAUAAACAUCUUCAUCGACCCCAACUGCCCCGACUACAACAGCAACUUCCUGCGCCUGGAAGGGGUACAGACGUCUCUCUUGCACUCCCUGACAGACCACGACUCAGACCUGAAGUCGGUGAAGGGUCAGGACAGGGCCCUGCUGGCAAGACUGGCAGAAGAGGUCAGCAAGCUGUCAGCAUACACCGGGCAGCUAAAAAUGGAUUACGAGGCCCUGAGAAGAGGCCAGGGCACUCUGGGGCAAGAGCUGAGCACCCUCCAAACAGAACAGGGCAGGUUGAUUCAGCUGCUGUCCGAGAGUCAAAUCAACAUGGUGAAGGUGGUGAACUCAGUGAGCGAUGCCCUGAACUCCAUGCAGAAAGAACAGGGAGGCAUUAAAACACGUCUGAAAGCCGACCUGCAGAAGGCCCCUGCCAGAGGAGCGCGACCCAGAGGCUGUGCCAAUGGCUCCCGGCCCAGAGACUGCUCUGACAUUUACACAAGCGGACAGAGGGAAGAUGGCAUCUACUCUGUGUUUCCAACUCAUUAUCCUUCAGGGUUCCAGGUCUUUUGUGACAUGAGCACAGAUGGAGGAGGGUGGACGGUUAUCCAGCGUCGGGAGGAUGGCUCUGUGAAUUUCUUUAGAGGAUGGGAUGCAUACAGAGAAGGAUUUGGAAAGAUAACUGGGGAGCACUGGCUAGGUAUGAAGAGGAUCCAUGCCUUGACGAUGCAGGCUAACUACGAGUUGCGGAUCGACCUGGAAGACUUUGAGAACAGCACAGCGUUUGCGCAUUACGGCACGUUCGGGGUGGGCUUGUUCUCGGUCGACCCUGAUGAAGAUGGAUACCCACUGACUGUAGCGGAUUACUCUGGAACUGCAGGCGAUUCGCUGCUGAAGCACAACGGGAUGAAAUUCACCACAAAGGACAGAGACAACGACCACUCGGAAAACAACUGCGCGUCUUUCUACCACGGUGCCUGGUGGUACCGGAACUGCCACACCUCCAACCUGAACGGGCAGUACUUGAAGGGGCACCACACGUCGUACGCGGACGGGAUCGAGUGGUCCACCUGGACAGGGUGGCAGUACUCACUGAAAUUCGCCGAAAUGAAGAUCCGACCAAACAAGGACGACAGCAAGUGAUGAGGAAUAAAACAAACAUGUAAAAAACACACUUCGCUCUUUGAGAAACCGUAAUGUUCAGUACUGUACGUCAUGAUAAUGAGGACUUUCUUUCAGCUUGUUUUAUCUUUUGAAAACAUCCCAGAUCACACUGUAUUGUAGGGUGUUUACCUUGCGACGGGCAGGAAAUAUCAGCGUUGUCUCAACUAAGGUAGACAGUAUUUCUUGUUUAGAAUUCAGAGUGUAUCAUUAUCAGUUCCCACUGUCAUAUCCUGGUGACGUUUUAAAUGUAAAAAAGCACCCCUGUGAACUCAACAGAGCUCUUCGAAUCAUGUCUAACAUAACUACAGUCGGUGCACCUGUCCCCCUGCACAACCCUGUCCCUGCAUGCAAGUGCUGCAGGGGGGGCAAAUUAUUUACUACAUCCUGGUGUACCCGAUGCACUUUGAAUUCAGACAUGGUGUGCUCUAGUAGGGACAGAGGGGAAUCAAAACAACGAAAUACAUAACUUAACUAUUUCCUACCUUUACCAAGUUGCAUUAAAUACUUGAUGAUGUUUUGUUAUUAUUACUAUUUAUUUAUUUAUUUAUUUAACAUUGUUAGAUAAAAUGAUUAAUUUGGGAAUAGGGAACGUCUCAACAACUAUUUACUGUAUCACACACAGAGGCAUUACCUUCAGACAUGGUGGAAGCGCAUCUACCCUUUUAAUAGAUCAGAACAGGUCUAGUUUGUUUUGCUGCAGAAUGAUUUGAGCAGUCCCUGUCUUUGCAACCUGGGAGACGGACUUGAUUCAAGCUACCUCAUAAAUGUGAAGGGAGUAAGUCCUAGAGGUGUCACGCCACACUAGAAUCAGAAUACCAAACAGCUUGAUGGCACAUGAGCAGUAGAGCUGGCCCUAGGGGACGUUAUGGAGGUAUGUCACUGGUUACAUAUCAAGAAUAAGUCCCAUUUAUUCAUCAUUCUCUAGCCCAAGGGUGGCCAAUCCCGGUCCUGGAGGGCAAUUCCACUCCAGGUUUUACAGGUGAAAGGAGAUAAUGGACUCCUGCAGGGUCUGGGAAGAGGUUUAAUUGGAUCAACUAAACAAUUUAGAACAGGGUUGGAACAAAGACCAGGAGUUGGCUACCCCUGCCCUUGACAGAGAAGCUGCAUGUUGUAAUUAGCGAUCUAUGGCGAUGUACUGUGCAACCCUGAGUGUCACAGUUCGUAUUGUCUAAUGAAAUAUCACGCGUGACACAAUUAAUUGCUUCACCUCUCCGCAGUCGAGUGACUUCUCCAAAUAGCAUAUUCUUCUGUUACCAAUUAAGACGUUAUUUCUGGAGUUUUAUUUGAACGGCGUCCGAGUGGGAAGUAAAACACUGAAGAUUAUUCGUGCGGCUAAUGCUAUUAUGUUUUGGAAAACGGCAAGAAUAUUUUUCCUGGUAAGCCCAGGAACAGUAUGUUUUACAGGGGCAUUUUAAACGGUCUGAUGUGUAAGAGCUUAUUAGCCACAUACAGUCUGCCCUGUGUUAGUAAUCUUGAAAUCUAACUUGGGUCAGUCUGCUGCUUGGGCUUACCUUAUCUUCACACAGCCUCUGCAAAUUGGGAAAGAAAUGUGCAGAUGCAGGGAAAAAAAAAUGUGUUUUGUGCUGAACAAUCAGUUUGGGGAGCAGCAAAGGACUAAGUACCUUCAUUUUUCAAUAGCAGCGCAAAAUACAUAUCUUUUAGUGAGGGGGUGGGAGGUAAAAUCACAAGUUCUGUAAGAAGAGAACAUUAAAAAACAUAGGCGAGUAAAGGUUUUUAUUAUUUCUUUACUUACUUAUUUGUAGUUUAGCUGUAAUUGAAAAAUAAUAAAUAUCGAAAGCUUGGAGUGUACAGUGGGUGUUUUUUCCCCCGCCUAGGGCUGUUACAGUAUUAGACUGGUCUAUAUACCACAGGAAAAAUGACCCCUUCAUAGGAAACAUAUUACAAGGGCAAUUAGCCUAGAGCAGAAAAAUCGGGCCCUCAACACCAAAACAGGAUGCAACUUGGGUGAUUUUAAAACAUUUUGAGACUGUGUCACACACUCUGAGGGGGGGGGGGGGGGCUUCAAAUGAGAUGCGACCUCCGACAUGGUCGGAUCAGCUAAGGCCAGGUGAUGGAGGUAUGCAAUGUUCUUGGGGGUUUAAAUGUUGCAAAGCAAUCUCAAAACAUGUUCGUUUUUCUUUACUUGUGUUAAUUUUCUUUUCAAAAUCAAGUACCCAAAUUCUGUGUCUGCAUGUUGUUUCUUUGCCUGUACUGUUUGAAGGCCUGUACUCAUGAUGUAGAAUGUAAGGAGCUCAGCACCCCUUUCUGGUGAUCUUCGUUACUGCAGAAGUAACUUUUACACAACCUUCUGCUUGUACUUUAUGAAACCUACCCAGCCAUGACAUUGUGCACAGCCUCGAAUUGAACUUCUCCCACAGCUACGGGUGCCAACACUUGCUAUUUCCCUGUGCUUCAGUAUACCUAGGAUUUGAAGCGCGUUAGUAUUUCUCCGACAGGGAUCUCGAAAAACAAACAGCAGAAAAUAAGUCUAGUUGUAAAUGCAUCUCAUUUUUUUCACCCAAGCAGCCGUUUUCAUGAUCAUUCAUUUUGAAUCAUACUGACCUCCAACAGACUAACUUGAUGUUUUCGGUUUAGUAUUAGAGAUUGUUUUUUUUUUGGUGAAUCUUGAUAAUGUGUUUGAGUGUACUUGUCUGCAUUUAAUAAACAUUCACAUUUUAUAUUUA